CCAUCACAUAGUAGGGCUUUGACUCCGAAUGUGAAUGAAGUAUUGAUUAGACAGCGAUUUAUUAGAAACCGAAUAAACCGUUAGAUCGCGUAAGACCGGUAACCAUAGUAACGCCGGUAAACAAACCUUGCAAAGCCCAAUCCAGGUCUUACUGAAGGCAUUUAAUGGUCAAAAUAUUAUUAAUAAAUAUUCGAAUAUAUUCAAAUAUUAAUAUUAAUAAACAAACAAACUUCGAAUAGGAUUUUUGGGCAAAAGUCAAAGCCCUAUCACAUAGAGACAUACACACGAAAAAUUUCAGCCAUUUGUAGCCAUGAAAAAUUUGGCGGCUGCAGCAGCCAUUUAGGUUUUGGCUGAGCCGGCUAGCCAGCCAAUAACUUCAUCAGCCAGCCAUUAUUCUCAAAACAAAUGGCUUCGGGGUCUACUCCAGGCCAAGGUGGGGGCCACAGGUUUCCCUGGCUCUCUUGCGGACGUAGCUGUCCCCGAUAAUCCAUACUUCUGGCCCUAAAGAUUACAAAACACAGAUUACUGUUGUGAUGGAAAAUCUACAUGUUGUAUUGUUUUGGUCUAUAUGAAUUUAAGUUUUGUUGCUAUUCUGUGUAAUUUUAUAUAGUGUCUGCCUUCUGCUCUCCUUUUGGGUCAUUUAAAGUGUGAACGUUCUAGGGUCGUGUGAUGCGUUUUUUAUUGUCUUCCUCUUCCUAUGUUUUCGUGUGUUGUAAAUCAGCCAAUCGUAAAGCUUUGAUGUAUGGAGGUUUCAGCGAUAUAUGGGGAACAAAUCUGGAAAAACUGAGAUAACGGGACCUGCGAAGGUGAUGUUGGAGAAGCAUGGUGAAGCGGCUCUGGAGGGUUUAAAAUAUUGGUGCAAACUGGGUUUUCCUGAAAUGGGGAGUUUUAGCUUAAAACGAUUACAGGAGUUAGAGAAACGAUUGUUGGAGUCAGAAAUGAAAAAGAAAAGUUCCAAACUAUGUUGGUGCGCAUUUUAUUUGUGGGAAAGAGAGGGCCAGGAUAGGAAAAAAAAUCAGCCAGGGACAGAGAGCGUAGAGAGUGUAGGGAUUUUUAAUCUCAAUGUCACCCGAGAUAUAGACCCGGACCUGGACUGCACCGGCGGACCGCGUGCGAAUCCCCCUUCUCCUCCCCCGUAUGACAACGCCCAUGAAGCCGCCUACCCUGACCCCGAAGAAGAGGAGAAAGCCCCCACUCGCAGCGCGAGAGAAGAUAGGCCUGCAACUCGUAGCCAGGGGAAUGCUCCACAAUCAUUCCAGCAGGCGACGGCCACACCGACCAAGCGGGAACCCGUCGCCAGCCGCUUGAGAAACCAGGGAAUGGCGUUCUCCCCAACUCUUAAACAUGGUGACGUGAUGGAUGGACAAUUCCCCAUGAUCGAAGUACUGAACCCCCAGGAUGGCAGUCCAGCAUACGUUUUCCGUGCAUGGAGACCCAGUGACAUUAAGGACAUAGCGGAAUGGCUCCCAGACCUAUCUGCAGUGGGAGGGGCUGCCUUCGCCACAGCCCUUCAAGAGUUGGUCCAACAACACAAGGCCUCCAUCAGCGAAGUUCGCCAACUCUGUACGUACAGCCAAGGCGACAUGCCUUGGAGGGACGAAGCCAAGAAGCUCCAGCUCGCCCAACUGGAGGCCCUGGAGAAUCCUAAGCCCACCUGUCGCAACAGAGACCAAAGAGGCGACCGGCCGAAAGAAAAGAGAAAGGAGAACGCCGGACGAUGGAACUGUCAUUAUUGUGGAGCCGAGGAUCAUUUCAUCAAAGACUGUCCCAAGGAAAAAGAGAGAGGCAAAGAUGGAAGGGGGCAUUCGCAUUGACGGGACGCAGGAGCAGGCCAGGUCCAAGGAGGAGAUCCGGACCUGGACAACGCUCCUCCCCCUCCUGCUUUCAGCCCGACCAGUGGCCCAAUACAGUGCAAAUACCCCACGUCACGACUCCUCUUCAUCAGACUUUAUGAAGUUACAGACCAUGGGAGGCCCACCUGAAGAGCUACGGAACGGUCUGCUGGACGACACAAGGAGACAGUCCAGCAGGACCAACAGCACCAGGCACUUCAAAGGACAGCCCGUAAUGCGGAUGAGAGGCAGGAAGCAGAGAGAGAGGUGGAGGCGUGUCCAGGCGGAGGGAGAGAAGAGCAGUGUACGGAAAGUAUCGCACUAGACACAGCAUUCACGUAUAUUACAGGAGACGAGAUCUAAUGUGUAACUAGGACUGUCUAUAUGAGUUUGUGAUAGUUUCUAAGAAGUAUAUCUGAAAGGUUUGAAAGUUAUUAGGAAAAGUAGUUUGAAGGAUCAAAGACAAGUAGAAAAGUUGAAAGUUAAAGAAAUGUUGUUUUUUUCAGAAUUAAAGUAGAAGGUUUUUGGUGCACUCGCAACAGAAAGCCAUGCUUACAGGCCUGGGAUUUCCCUUAUUAUGGUAAAUUGACGCAUGGGAAAGUCCAUGCGUCAAGAGGGGGGAUGGGGAGCCCACAACAACAACCUUGGGUAUACCAAAGCAAACCAAAGGAAAUAAUACAAAUCAAAUAAGAAUAUUUUUUGUUUAGAAAUAUUUUUAAAAAAGGUAGCCUUGUUUCUUAGUUUUAGUUAAUUUUUUUAUUUUUUAUUUUUUUAUGACUUUUGAAUAUAUGGAAACAGAUGACUUGAUUGUGAUGUUUAUGGGGAUAAUUAUCAAAAGGGGGGAUUCCCAAAGAAAUUAUCCAGUGACAAUGGUUCACAUUUGGUGAACCAAGUCAUCCAACAGAAUUGAUCCACGCAACCAUUGUGCGUACCACCCUCGGAGUGGUGGGACAGUAGAGAGGGAGAGUGGUCCCGUAGAGAACAACGUCUACGGGACAACAAGCCAAGGCAACUGCAGAUACAGCCCAAGGAAGGGCAACUCAACGAUACAUGGAUUACUAUCGAAGACGUGCCUGGAAUUCACCAAGGUGGUUGGAAUCAUUCCAAGUCCUGUGGAUCACAGCAAGGUAGCUAAGAGUGCUACCCACGCCAGCCACUGCAAGCGGGCACCAUCACCAACAACAAAGGUCACUUCCGACCCAACCCCCCUGGCCGUCACCCCACACUGAAACCAGGGUGAAGUGCAAGUAACUCACCCUUACACACACAAUCACGUCAGAACCAGGCCCAAAAGACUGUCUCUGGCCUGGGGAGAGAUGAGGCCAGAAUCAACAUCAUUCAGAAUGGAUGCCAGCCCUGGGCCACUAUAUGAUGGGAUUGAUAGUGUGAUGGAAGUUUAAUGGUAUUUUUCCAGGUGAUGUUAGGUGAUUUUAUGCUACCUUCUGUAAAAGCGAACGGUGGUAUAAAUAUCUGUACUUGGAGGCCAUGGUUGGACAUAGUAGAUUAUGAACAUAUGCAUGUUGUGAUUAAGUGAUCAUUUUAAUCCUAAAGGUUGCAUCAUUUUGUGAUUAUAAAUAAUCAAAGGGGGGAUUGUGAUGGAAAAUCUACAUGUUGUAUUGUUUUGGUCUAUAUGAAUUUAAGUUUUGUUGCUAUUCUGUGUAAUUUUAUAUAGUGUCUGCCUUCUGCUCUCCUUUUGGGUCAUUUAAAGUGUGAACGUUCUAGGGUCGUGUGAUGCGUUUUUUAUUGUCUUCCUCUUCCUAUGUUUUCGUGUGUUGUAAAUCAGCCAAUCGUAAAGCUUUGAUGUAUGGGCUUGUUUCGUCGACCCCCUGGCUAACGUCAACGAGACCAGAAGGUCACUCACGGCCGCCGACCCCUCAAAUGGCAUCGGGGGGGGGCUUCAAUAGAAAAGAUUACCAUCUGGUAAACAAAGGCUGUUGGUUUUAUGGGGGGGACACCCCCUCCAGAUGCCAACCCAAGUGAAUAAGAACUCAUUACUUUCAAACACUCAGUGGACUUCUGCAGCGUACCUUCAGAGAAUGAAGUAACACGCAAAGAGAAGCUCCCAUCUGAGGCCUCAGAUUAUUGUAAUGUAUGCCUGUUAUGUUGUUUGUUGAUGCAUGUUGUGAUGUAUCUUUGUUCGUACUUUUAUUACAAAUAUAUAUAUAACCACUAAUUGUCAACAGUAUUGUGUGCUUUUUGCAUCUAAAUAUCUCAUCUGCUUAGACGCAAUAUCUGAUACAGAAAUUGCCACGACACUGUACAUUUAAAUACAGAAUGAGGGGAAAAUGUAGCACAAAUAGUUUGUUAUUGAUUGUUUUCCAAUGGACUGUUAACAUAUAGACGAAUACAGCUUAAUAUAUCCUAUGCAUACAGUAAAGCUUAUGUC